AUGCCGCCCAAGAAGACGGAGGCGGCCUUGCUCGCAGACGUCGCAGAGCAUCGUCGGUGGGCGACUGCCAAUUUGACGGCCCUGAGAGCACGGGGCGGCAUUGGCUUGAAGGCGAAGCUUCAGCAGAGGGCGGGGCUCGAGGAACAGCGGAUUUACAAGUGGUACGUGAAGCACGCGGGCGUCGCAUCUGAUCAUCCGACAGUUGCCGCUGCCCUGUCGGAGCUGGACGCCCUGGUCAAUGACCCCCUCGGCCCGGCAGCGUCGGCGUGCCCCGACGACGCCCCGCCGGCAAAGCAGAGGCGCCUGACCGAGAGGGGUGGCGAGGCUGCUGCCUGCGCGGCGCCGUUGCAGGGCGAGUCACGGCCUGGCCAGUCGACGCCGGCAGCUCGAGGGGUUGUCCCGGCGGCUUGCUCGGCUGGACACGGCCCGGCGGCUGCAGCAGCGGCCAAGGCGUCUCCCGCUUCAACGCCGCCCAUCGGCAUCGAAGAGACCCCGGCGAAGAGGCCUCGCCUGUUCGCCGACGGGCUCGGUGCGACGCCCGCGCAGACCACCGGCGGCCUGACGCCUGCCACCGCGGAGGCCUUGGCAAGGUCGUGCCGCAAGAGCCCGUGGGAGUCCCCGUUGGUCGACGAUUCCGUGAGGCUUGCUCACCCAGGGAAUCCCGCGAGAGGUGCCUCGCGGCCCGUCGAGCGGCCGCGCUUGCGCCCGCGGGAAGAGGAGCGCCUCCUGGCGGCAGUGCCGCGGAAAGCUGUGAAAGAUCUGUACGUGCACGUCCGCGAUGAGGCUCUGCGCCUAGGCAACGGAGAGUACCUCCCACAAUGGCGCGAGAACAAGCCAAAGUAUCGACAGCUGAACUACGUGUGGAAUUUGCACCAGCACGGCGAGCUCCAGGCGGCCGAGUACGCUCUGUUGGCGCACCAGCCUCACAUUAUUGGCCCAGAGCUCUUCGGCGCAGUGGAGAAGGUGGAGUGCCCCGCCGCAGUGAUCCCCUCGAGCAGCAGCGCCUGGCGGUGGACUUUCAAGCCGGCAGGAGUUGACGUGGAAGGACCGCAGGUGGAAUCUCGGGCCGACGCGGCGCGAGCCCUGGCCGGGCUGCAGGCGCGGCUGUACCCCGAGUGGCAUCACCCAGGCACUCGCGAGCAACACCUCCGCGCCCUGCUGCGCGACGACGACCGGCAGCAGCAGAUGCGCGGCCUGCUCGCUCAGCCUGGCAUGCGGUUCGCCAGAGCGGCCGUGCUGGGAGCAGCCGCGUCAGCGCCCCGAGACGGCCGCGCGGGCGCCGCUGGCUUCCCCAACCUGACAAACACGUGCUACAUCAAUGCCGUGGUGCAGUGCUUGUACCACACGCACCCCUUCCGCGCAGACAUCGAGGGCAUGCAGCCGGGCGCCAGCAACAUGGGGGACCGCCUGCGGGACUUGUUCUGUGCGCGCAGCUCCCCUGCUUCCACGGCCGGCGACAUUCGCCCGCCGUUGGUGGCCCUUGUCCGCCAGAUCUUGCAGCAGCCGCCAGGCUUUGAGUCCGGUCGCCAACAGGACGCGGCGGAGUGCCUGAUGCGCGUCCUCGAGCACGCGGACCUCGGAGGAGUGCGGCGCCGCGUCUGCGGGGACGGCGCAGCCGCGAGCGUCGAGGGCAUGGUGCACUGCUGCGCGGCCGAGGAGGCCCAGGUGGGUCGCGAUGCGCCGCCUGUGCCCAUGGCCGCCAUGAUCCAGGCGUCCCUCACGGGCGAGCAGGCCGUCCGUGAGGCUUCGGAGGCAGUGGUCCUCCGCGUGGAGAGCAUGUACGAACAGGAUGGCAGACAGUUCGCGGUGGACGCGCGGGCGGACUGGCGGGACACUGUCUUCCCCGUCAGCAUUCUCAACGGAGACGCCGUUUCUUACGAGGUGGCGGCCUUCGCGCAGCACCGCGCCGCGCGCGGCGUACCACCUCUGCAGCGGAUGCGCGGCGGCCACUACGUCGCCUACGUCAACAAGGGCGGGCGCUGGUUCGAGCUCGACGAUGCCGUCGUGACGGAGCUGCCUGAGCCGCCUGACGCGUAUCCGUACUUGGUCUUCCUGGCCCGCGCGAGGCCCAGACGGUCGAUUCCGAUGGGCGGGAAGCGGCGCGACCCUCGUGGGCCUGACGACUCUCUGGAGGCUGCUGCCAGGCUGUCGCGAGUGAUGCCUGCGGCGUCGGGAGGGGCCGCUGCUGGCUUAGCAUCCGGAUCGGGCAGCGGCAGCCGCGGCUUGCCACAGGCUGCAGGCUCAGCGGCUGGUCAAGGCCGGACAGGCAGGGACUGGGGUGGCAGAGACCAGUCUGGUAGAGACGAGACUGGAAAGGACCAGACUGGUAGGAACCGCAGCGGUCAGCCAAGGGGCAUUGCUGGAGUGCACCCAGCUGCCAGGGCCGUCUGGAACGCUUCAGCUGCCGCCGACAACAGAGACCACACCCGGGCAGACCCCGAGAACAGCGCGGACAACCCUUUCAAGCGGUACGUGGAUAACUGGGAUCUGCGACGCACCAGCGCAGAUGUGAAAUGCCGCACCUGGUCGCAGAGGGCCGAGCCGUCGGGCCCCCAGCCGUGCCGGCUCUGCCAGGGCCGAGACUUCGCGUUCCGCGAAGAUUGGAAGAAGCACGUGGACGACGAGCACGGUGGCGUCCAGCGCUACCGCAACGCUCUCUUCUCGUCGCUGUCGCUGAAGCCCUAUGUUGUCAAGGGAGAGGAGUGGCGCGCGAUCGUGGCCAAUUAUGCGGAGUUCUACGCCAGGGCCGCCGUGGACUGGGAGAAGCCGACUGAGCGCAUGCGUGAGCUCGCUCAGACUCCCGAGGGGUUGUCUGCAGAUGAGCGCUGGGCGCCCCGGACCCGCUGUGCGUGCGUCUUCUGCGCCAGGCUGCACUGGUCCGAGGACCUCUCCUUGGAGUUCCUAGCAGGCAAGGACUGCUUCAUGAAGAACCCCGAGGCCGUGGCCAAGCUGUUGUCUUGGGAGGUUUACCACAAGCACUGGCCCGACAUCCCCGAGGCCGAGCUCCGCGCCUCCGCCGUGCGUCUGCGCAUUGGGAACACGGACACAUUCCAACUUGUCCUCAUGCACAAGCGGCGGGUGACGGAUGCGCAGGCGUUGGGCGACGAGCGGGCCCCGGUGUGCGAGGAUUGCCUGUACGCGUUCUCUCCCCGCCACCCGCGCAUGUGCAAGUUCACCUUCGCUAACCACUUGUGGCUCGGCAGGAAUGACCCGCUCUUCCGCAAUGCCAACUUGUCGCACCAGAUGCUCCUCGCACUCGCCCGCGUCGUGACGACCAAGGUGGUGCUGCGCCCCGAGAGCUACGACAAGCAGCGCAGCGGCGACGGGCCCACGUGGGACUUCCUCUUCCACCAGACGGGCAUGGUGGGCUCCGCAAUCCUCUUCGGGAACGCGUCGUGCAAGGAGGCCAUGGAGCGUUUCCCUCCGGCUUCCAUCAAGGACGCCUUCGCGGUGACUUUCCUGGCAGCCAAGCAGGACGCGGCGAAAGAGCAGCCGCCAGACGGCUCGGAGAAUGCAGCGGGACAGUGGCGCCGCGAGGGUCUGGCUGGCGACGCCGCCAGGCAGCAGGACGCCGCCCGGCGCGCCGUCCGGGGCAUCGCGCGCCUCAAGGUGAACCGCGCAGAGUUUGACUCGCAGGCGCAAGCGCUGCAGUCCACGAACGUCGUCUACAAAGACAAGGAUUACGACGAGGCGCUGGUUGCCCAGUGGUGCCCCAACCCGCUGAUUCCUGAGGUGCCCCCGGUGGUGUUGGACAGCGUCGUGGCCGUGCCGUUGGAGGAUUCGCCCGGCGCCGUCGUGGCCGCGGGACCAGCCGACGCCACGGCGGCCGGGGCGCAGGAUAUGGAAGACGCAGACGUUCAGGCGUGCAAGGAAUCCCGGUACGUGAGCGCGUUCAGCGAGGAGGACAUCCCGGGCGCGGCCGCCUCGGCGGGGGCCUUGGAGGUGACGGCGCUGAUCAAGCAGCUGGAGGAGCUGGACGCGACAGCGCAGCGCUCCGUGGCCAAGGAGACAGAGCACGCCAUCGAGUCAGGCAGCGCGCUGCUGGACGAGGCGGGCAGGGAGCGAGUCUUGCAGCUCUGCGAGUCCGUUCGAAACCGCGCUGCUCGGUUGUCGCGCCCGGAGCGGGAGCUGCGGCUGCAGGAGGACCUCGCGCGCGCCGCGCUGGGCGAACCGGUCAGGCCUCGACAGGCGGGGGGGGCCGAGGCGACCAUGGCGAACCUCGAGGUGACGCGCGGCACGGCGCCCCUGUCGCUGUUCGAUUGGAAGGUGUGGACGCAGGCGCGCCCGAGCCUGUGGCGCUACGGCGACGCCGGUCACCUGGACCCGAAACGAACGGGGACCUACCCGCAGUUGCUCGCCCACGAGUGGAUCACGUGCCUGUGCAUGCGGGAGGAGAUGGAGUACACUCUGGACACCGACGAGGAGAAGCCGUACCGCGUGCGGGAGAACGACGACGAUCCAGAGGUCAACCGGUUCGCGGCGGACUGGGUGUCGUUGCACAUGUUCGCCACGUUGCACUUCUUGACGGAGCGCCACCAGUCCGCCUUCGCCUUCCUGAAGAACGGAGGCAUGAAGUGGGCCGAGAAAGUGCAGCACCUCACGCCGGAUGCCCUGGCGGCGGCCGCCCGCGCUCACGCGGGUGGCGGCGGCGUGGCGGCUUUGGCAAGCAACGCCAACGUGCCCAACGUGGUUCGGGACGCCCUGAACAUCAUGCAGAUGGCCGUCGCGGACGUUGUCGGCACCGACGGACAUCGGCGCCUCUGCCGCCACGAGGGGGUUGCCUACAUGGCGCUCUUCGGGUGCCCCUUGAUCUUCGCCACCCCGAACGUAGCGGACACGAAGCAGCCACUGUUCGUCAGGGUGGAGGGCCAGGAGAUCCCGCUCGACGACCGGAGCAUUCCAGGCCUGCGCAGCGACGUCAUCCCAAAGUACCGAGACAUGAUGCGGCGCGUCGCCCAGGACCCGGUCGGCCAGACCGUGUGCUUCGAGCUCAUCAUGCGCCUCUUCUUCAUCCACGUCCUCGGCGUCCGCCCCGAGUGCGUGGGCGGCCGCCGGCGCGGCGUUCCUCCCAGGAAACGCUGCUCCUGGGACUGGUGCACCGACGGCGUGGCGGCGUCCUCGACCGCCCCGGGGAUCUUUGGGCCCGUGCAAGCUUUCCGCGGAGAGAUCGAGGCGCAAGGUCGGGGAUCGCUCCAUCCGCACAUCCUGGUGUGGUUGUGCGCCCUCUCGACGCGGCAGCUCGUGCACGUGCUCCGACGCCAUCCUGCCGCUUUCCGAGAGCGCCUGGGCAAGUGGAUGAGGGCGUGCGUCAUGGCCGUGGAGAGCACCUGCCAGAGUUCCGUAGAGGUGUUGCCGCGGCGUUUCGGGCACGUCGACCAGCGCGUGGACCCGCUGCCAUUCUCUGUCAUCGAACGAGACCAGUCGCGCUUCGACGGGGGCAGCGAGCUGGACGCGCUCCGCGAAGAGAAGCAGGCGGGCGCGGAGCUGACCGAGGACCAGGAGACCUUCCUGGAGACCGAGGACCGGGACUCCUGGCUCCGGCCCGAUCUGCCGUUGCGGGACGCCACAGGCCGCGAGUUGGCGCCGGGGGAGAAGGCACCGCCGCGGCCGUCCUCAUACGGCAUGCCCAUCGAUGCUUUCGCCGUGGGGAAAUGCCCCGCGUACCGGCGGCGCGGCCUCGUGCAGCAAGACACCGGCGCGGGCGAGCCGGCGGCCCGCGGGGUUGUCCCAACGGUCUGCUCGGACGCGCCCGCGGCUCAGGACGUCCGGGAGCUCGCCAAGGAGACGAUGACGCACGUGUGCGGAGAGAGCUGCUACAAGUACUCGGGCAACAAGACCACGAAGAUCUGCCGCCACGGCUUCUACUACAUCGUCACGCUUGCGGAUUGGCGCAGGCGCAGGCGAGGGAAGCCUCUGCGGAACGCCAUGUUCGUGGUGCGAUCCUCGACGCACGGCAUGCAGGGUCGUCUGUUGCACUUCCAGCUCCACCCGUCUGAGUGCAUUACCAACUACGCCGGCGCCGCGGCUGGACGCUUCAACCUGGAUGCGCAGGACCUCCGACGAGUCAGCGACCCCAAAGCGUGGUUGGACGAGGGCGAGGUGCUCCCGCACGUCGGCUCGCAACCCAAGCUGGGGUACAUGGGCACGUACGAGCUGGGCGAUGCCGACGCUUACGUCAACCGCCCGGAGGUUCCGGAGAAGCCGCUCGCGUGGACGGACGACUGCUCGCCGGAGGAGUGGCGCGACAUUAUGCUGCAGUGCCAGACGGAGGACGCGGAGGGCGAGGACGCGGAUGACGUGGACGCCGCGGACACCUUCGCGGACCAGCUGGAACUGGAUGCCCAGGCAGCGUUCAGCGACGGCCUGAACACGGGCUUCUACAUCAACUCCUACACGACGAAGCAGUGCCCCAGCAUGGAGGGCGUCCUCGUGGAGAUGCGGCGCGGCCUGGAGCGGCUGCAGGCGCAGCGACAGGCGCAGCAGGACAAGAUGAAGCUGGAGCUGCAGCAGCGAGGAGACGACCCCGAGAAGACUCUGUCCGCCGCCGACCGGAGAGCGCUCGGGGGUAAGUCCAAGUUCGGGGAGACGCUGGAUCUGGUGAAGAAUCUGUCCGCAUCGUACCGCCGAUGCUACUGGAAGAGCGGGCCAGAGAUGCUGUUCCCGAUCUUCUACGGCCACCUCACCUACGCGCCCCACCGCUGCUGGACGAUCUUCAUCAAGAAGGGCGUCUUCCUGGCGGCGGAGGCGUGGCGACGCGAGUACGGGCGCUCUCUCCGGCACAAGGCCAAGCAGGACGGGGGCCGCGCCCCGGUGCAGUACCUCGGGCGCGGCGUCGACCCGUACACUCUCGAGGGGUGGCGCGAGGAAAAGGACGACGACGGGCAGGCGGUGUACAUGAGCCCGGAAGGCCAGCGCUUCCCGGAUAUCCUGACGCCCUACGAGCACGACGUCGCGACCAAGGCGGCGCGCGACGCGCCCGAUCAUCGCCAGGUGGUGUCGUUCCUGGCGAAGUUCAUGCAGGACAUGGGCUGCGAGAGCGAGGAGGCCCCGAAGACGGGGGACGGCUUCCGCAUCGUGAGGACCACGAGCACUCUGGACGACUGGCUGCACCGCGGCGACGACCCGGUCCUCAAGCACAUGAGUUUGCAGGUGUACGCCAUGUGGGUCUACCGCUGCGAGAAGCCCGACGGCCUGUGGCGAGACAAGACCCGCGCGCAGCACCUGGACUUCGACUUCGCGCCGCACUACGCGCUGUACGCGACCCACAAGCAGCGCCUGGCCCCCGAGCUCCGCGUGCCCCUCUUCGAGGGCUUCACCAUGCCGACGAUGAACAAAGACUGCGAGACAGCAUGCUUGUACAAGCAGUUGCUCCUGAGGCCGUUGGAGGUGGAGAACUCGGAGACGCCGGAGGACGAGCGCAUGCUGCGGGCGUUCGCGCCCCUGAUGGAGGCCCCCGGCGCGCCCCGUGACAUGAAUGUGCGCGGGUCAACCUGUUUCACGCGAUCUUGGGCGCACUACGAGGCUCAGGCGGACGCGGAGGCCCGCGUCGCCGCGGCCCGCUUCCUCGCGCGGCACGAGUGGCCCUCGAUCUGGGAGACACAGGAGGUGCAGGAGGAAUUCUUCGCGCUGCACCAGGCGCGAGCGGAGGGUAAGGACGCGGAGGGCGACUCGCUGGACCCCGCCCACUGCCCCGACAGAGAGAAACCCAGGGCGACGGUGCACCAGUACGUCUCCAUGAUAGCCAUGCAGGUGGCGCCCAACCUCGAGGGAAUCGCCCUGGCGCGCGAGGAGAAGAAACCCCGGCAGUACCAGAGCGACGCAGCAGUGCAGAGCGCGUACCUCAAGGCGACCACCGGUGGAGGUGCCGGUCAGGACGAGGGCGCCGAGGCGGGCGAGGGCGUGGAGCACCCGGGCGCGCCUCCCAAGCGUGUCGGAGCACACUUCCAGCCGGUCCCGACGUGGGGCAUCGACGGGGAGCAGGACAUGGCGGACGUGCUGAACUUCGCGCACCGUAAGCGCCUCACGAGGUUGGCCAAGGAGCUCCUCGCGCUCCCGUGCAUGUCCGAGGCGGCCCGCGAGGGCGCGGGUGCGCCCGAGCCGACGGAGGCCGCGACUGCUCCCGCGCCCGCGGCCGGGCACCGACCGCCGGUGACCGCGGCGCGCGAGGAGAGACACGCCUGGGGAAACCUGCACGACGAACGCCUCCAGGACAAUCGCGACGAGGAAGAUGCAGGCGCUCCGGACGGCGAGGACGCGGGCGCAGGCGGCCUGGGCGGCGACCCCGCUGCGGCCAGUUUUGCCAGCAGCGUGUACUCAACGCCCAGCGCGUACAUCGCCGCCCUGGUCGCUGGGUUGCCGGAGAACGAGAGACUCACGCGGGACCAGACGCUCUUCGUCGCCAAGUUCGCCAAGGCCUGCGACGACGCCUGGGAGGACGACGUGCAGAAGAAGCCCUGGAGCGAGAGAAAAGUGACGCACUUGCUCCUGUUGGGCCAGGGCGGCUCGGGGAAGACGCACGUGGUGCAGAAGAUCGUCUUCCCAGUGGUGGAGUAUUUGUGGCCCUCGUCGGCGCAGGACAAGGGCGCCAUGAUGGUCGUGGCCUUCUCGAACGCGCAGGCGAAGAACAUCUCCACGGAGACGGUGAAGGCCAGAACGCUGCACAACGCCUGUGCCCUGCGAGUCCAGAAGUACAUCAACGCGAAGAUGAGACCGGGGAGCAUGCAGAAGAGAUUGCAGUGGUUGUGGGAGCACGUCCGCGUCCUGGUCAUCGAGGAGGUGAGCAUGGUGGCAGCUGCUCUGUACAACGCUCUGGACCUCCGCGCCUGCCACGGGCGCAGUGACACGCACGACGUGCAGGAGUCCACCUACAAGAGGCCGCACCACCACUUCGGCCGCGUCCCCAUCGUGUUGCACCUCGGGGAUUUCCUGCAGCUGAAGCCCACCGGCAGCAUCGGGCUCCUGACGGACGUGAACGAGCUCCUGGACGACGGGUCGUACAAGUACGCGGAGCCGCCGACGGUGGAGAUCCAGCACGCCAUCAGGGUAUUCUCUCAGAUCCCCUGCGUCUUCGAGCUGAAGGGCACGAAGCGCUUCGAGCCGGGGGACCCUCUGAUCGCGUUCUUGGGCUACAUGCGCGAGGGCAAGCGCUUCCCACCAGAGGUCUGGUCUGCCUGGGAGAAGACGUUGGCCUCUGACAACCACGGCGUCCUGGACCCUCGGCACCAGCACGAGAACUUUCGGCUCGGCUACGGCAUGGGCAUCUACUGGGAGACGCUGGCGAGGUGGAUCAACACGCGCGCUCGUCGCGACGCGCGGCGCCUCGGCGUCCCCCUCGUUUUCCUGCAGGCCGUAGACGAGUGCGGCACGAUUCAAGGCGAACCAGACGCAGGCCGGCGCCUCCUGAACGUCCCGAACAUGCACAAGACGGGGGACAUCCACGGCGUCUUACCGGCACACGUCGGCAUGGAGGUCCGGUUCACGGCCGUGCAGGAGGAGCUGAAGAAGAAGUUGGGGCUCGUGCAGGAGCAACGGGCCACCAUCGUGUCCUUCGAGUUUCACGCAGACGACGAGCGGGACUACGAGGAGUGCGCGCCGGGCCAGCUCUUCCGCCCCCGCUUCCUACCGCAGGGAAUCUGGCUGCAUGUGCACGGCUUCCAGGAGUCCCCGAUCUACAAGGAGGUCGCCGAGGUGCUGCUGCAGGGCACCGAGGGCGCUGACGACGACGGCGAGGCCCAGGCGCGGGCGAGGAGCUUGCUCAUGUUCAGGCCCAGCGAGCAGGAGUUCACGUGGCAGAGCUCGGGGGCGCACACUGUGCGCCGCUCGGGAUUCACGCUGACGCACGCGUGCUACCUGACCUCCACGCUGUCGCAGGGCCAGACGCUGCGCAAGGGCGUCACCAUCGACUGCCCCAGGGAUGAGGACGCUGGCCGCACGGGCAUGUCGGACGAUAUGUGGUGGCUGCACCUCUACGUCAUGUUCUCCCGCGCCACGUGCAUGCGGAACAUGCUGAUCCUGCGGCCGCCCGCGCGAGAGUUCCUGGAGCGCGGGCCGCCGGCGUCACUGCGGAAGGCGCUCCAGGAGUUCGACGAGAGAGCGGUGGACUCCAGGGCUGAAGCGGAGCAGCUCGCGGCAGAGCUGGGCUUCGUGCUGCCGCCCGCCUGA